AUGAACAACGGCACAUUUCUUAAAUUUGUGGGGAAUGUGACGCUGGUUCGACCGUUUUUACGUGCUAAUAUUGCUCAGUUACCUGACACAACAAUUAAAAUCAACAGCACUUUGGGUAAGCACGUCAUUGCAGAGAGUAAGAAGCACCAUUUCACGUGGAUCUUUGCGAGGAGUAGAAAUUUGGAAUCCGGCAUAUCCAAAUAUGUUAGUGUACAUAAUGUACGUACAAUGCAGAAAAGUGAAGCUAUCAAAUUUACGGGAAAUGAUGUUAAUUGUUCCGAAUGGUUGCCCAAACAACUAGAGUUGGUUCCGAUCAAGGUUCCACGGACAGCACUGUCAAGUCCCUGGCGCUCUGGAAACACAUGGCUUCGACAUCUCGUUCAGCAGGCUACCGGUUAUGGAACCUCAUCUAUUUACUGCGACAAAGAGUUACUGGCUAAAGGGUAUCCUUUCGAAUGCGAGAAAAAACAGCAGGAUCGCACCAUUCUCAUCAAAACUCACAAGCCUGAAAUGCGGUCUUUUGAAGGGAACAUUUCGCUUCCAUUUGCCAAGAGACUAGUUGAAAGAAUGUCAGAGUAUCAUCGCGCCGUGUUACUUAUCAGAAAUCCAUACGAAUUUCUUGUUGCAAAUAAAUAUUUUGAACAUCUUGAUGAACUACCUGAGGAGGCAUUUCUGAAUGAAAAAUCCUAUUGGCGAAAAGGUCAACCUAAAAUAUUUCAGUGGUGGUUGGACUUCAAUCAUUAUUGGCUUCAUGAGUUCAAAGGCCCAGUGCUUCCUGUUCUAUAUUCACGCCUACGCCAUGAUGCGGGCGGAGAACUAAAACGGAUUCUAGAUUUCAUGCAUGUCAAUGUUACCGAGCUGGAUAUUAAGUGUGCCCAAGCAAACGGGGAAGGCAAUUUCCACAGAAAGCCUAGUAAAUGGACAAAAAUAAACAGCAUUGUUGAUCUUUUCCCUGCAGAUUUCCAAAGAAGAAUAAAUGCUAGUGUAUCAGAAUUUUCAAAACAUUUGAAGUCAUAUCACAAUGUGGACUGGGUAUCAGAAUAUGACAUUUUGUAUACAAAAACUCAAGAUAAAUAAAUUAUGAAAAUUGCCUAGCAUGAUAAUUGUUUUUUUAAAUUGAUAAAGUAACAAAACUGUCAUGUACUAGAGUUAUACCAAUGUGAUAUACAAAUCUGGAUGUAAUCUUAAGAUGACAAGAAAGAGAUGUUUAACAACUUUACAUAGACUUAUUGUGAAGUUUGGGAGGAGGCAAACCAAUUCCAAAUUUAAUCAGGAAAUUCUGUUCUAUCACAGACUUAAAGACAAGUCGGUGGUGAAAAAAGCUUGGUCAUUCGAGGGGAAUAUGCAUAAGACAGAGAUGAUCGACCCUGUGAGCUUCAGUUUGAACAGUACCAGUACUGGUUGGAUAUGCCGUGGCCAGCUAAGUCUACAACACCGGCCAGCCCGCAGUCAGACAAUUGUUUUAAUUUACCAAAAAAGAUGAAUAAAUAUCGAAAACAAUGGUUCUUAUUAAGGAUACUGUGGAAGAAAGGUGCAGAAAACACGGUAUUCUACCUAAUGCGAUGAUAGGAAAAUAAUGUUCUAUACAUAGCAGGGCAAUGGACAUAAUAAAAUAGACAUAUUGGGGGCAUGAAACAGAGGACCAUACAGAGAGGCAAGGAACAUGAUGUACUAGGCAAAGCAGAGCAAGGAACAUAAUGGACAUCUCAUAACAGGCAGGGUUUGGAAUGUAAAUGACUAGACAUAUGCAGAAGUCAUCAUUUACUAAACAUUUGACCUAUUUUUA